CCAGGGAAGCUGGUGGCGUCCCGUCGGGGCCGAGAGCACUAGUGCUCGUCUGCUUACUUAAGAACUCACAGCUGGUUGCACCUGCCAAACAGUUACGGGGCGGGUGGGCGCGGAGAAUCGCCCCGUUGCCAGUCUGGUUGAUCAUUGGCCUGUCUGGCUUGAGAGGGAAAAGGAGGCGAGGUAGCGGGUGAAGCUGAGAAGCGAGUUGAGGAAACCGGGAAGGAGAGAAGGAAUGAGAAAAGGCAGGCAGUACACUUUCUGGCGCUCACAAUUUAGCUACCGUCAUGACCUCUAGGAAAUUCCUUGGGCGCAGGAGGAAAAAACCAGAAUUUCUCGCAAAGGAAAAAGUGAAAGGCUGGAAAUUCAUGUUUCAAACAAAACAAUUCUCCCAAUCUGGCCAUGUCUGCAUUCUUCAUUGUUUUUUGUUUUUUUAGAAAAACUCAACAGUCCAUUGUUACAGUUCAGAGAAUCACAAGAGAAGAGCUUGCAUUAAGAGGACCAUUUACUGAAAGUGACAGAACUUCAAAAUCUGAAGACAGCUUUAGAAGCAAAGACAAAAUAAUCCAGGAACUGCUCUUAGAGAUUGAACAACUAAAAACAAAAAAUCUUGAUUUGGAGAAGCAUGUUAGGAAAAUACUUAAUAGUAAAGAGAAAGUAACGACCCAAGUGGACAAUUUGACCAGUGAGAAUGAAUAUCUUUGUAAAGAACUUGCUCAUGUAGAUAAGAUAGCUGAACAACUGGAAAAAGAAAAAGAGUUUGUACUUGAUAGUGCUGGCCAGGAACUUUCAGAAGCCAAGUCUCAGAUUAAAUGCCAACAAAAUACUAUUAAAAAAUUGGAACAUACGGUCAGCAUUCUUAAAUCUGCAGCCUUGGAUGUUGAAAAGUCAGACGAAAAGCUCAACAAUUUUAUAAAAACAAUAGAAGAACAGAAAGAUUAUUAUAAAUCUGAAGCAGAAAAGUUGAAGAAGAUGUAUCGAAGUACAAGUCCUAAGCGCAGCCCAUCUUGUUCUAUUUCAAAGGUUUCCUCCCCAAUUCAGGGAAGUCACUGUGAUAAAGAAUAUCUGCAAAUUUUGAUAGAACGUGAUGAGUUUAAGACAAUGCUGGAAAAAUAUCAACGUCACAUAACAGAACUCCAGGGGACUAUCAAAGUUCUCAUGGCAGAAAGAGACAAAGCUGUUUGUCUUUAUGAUCAGGCACAGGAGGAAGUAAAUCAACAAAGAAAAGAACUUAUGAAAAUCCCCAAAGCUUCUACAACUGCAGUAACUGUUCAGGCUGUAUUGAGACGUGUGGAAACAGAAAGGGAUGCAGCCAUUUCUGAUUUUCGAAGGAUGGCCGCUGAACGUGAUAGCUUGAGAGAGAGGUUAAAGAUUGCACAAGACACUGCAUUGAAUGAAAAGGCUCACCUGGAACAGAGAAUUGAGGAGCUGGAAUUAAAUAUUCAAAGCCUUGACAAUGAACGAUUAGAACAAAUAUCGAAGAUAGCACUGUUGAAGGAUGCUAUUGAGUCUGUAGAAAGGGAAAUGAAAAUAUUGGCAAGAAGGGCAGCAGAUUCUGAAAGUGAACUUAAUAGACAGAAAGCAACUAAUGCUUCACUAAGCAUACUGAAUGAAAAGAUAGAACAUAACUUUACAGAAGCAGAACGACAACUUUCAAAGAAAAAACAUGAAUUACAACUUACUCAAGAAAAAAUUAUGUGUUUGGAUGAAAAAAUUGAACAACUUUCAAAAGAAAGCCUGGAGCAACAAGGACAUAUUUGUACUCUUAACGAUACAAUAACUGAGUUGGAGGCAGAAAAGGAUUCUUUACAAGAUCUUCUAGAAGAUAAAAGAGAAAAAAUUCUUACAUUUGAAGAAAGCUUGGCUAUUAAAGAGAAGACAAUUUCAGAUCUGAAAGGUAUUCUUUCUGACAUGGAACAUUCAUCAAAUUUUUUAUUGUUACAUAGGCAUUCUACUGAAGCAUUAUGCAAAUAUGAACAAGAUAUUGGCAGACUACACCAAAUGUUAGAUGAUGCUAAUAGUGAGCUUAAUCAGACUGGCAGAGAGAAAGAUAUAUUAACUAGGGAAAAUACAAAACUAAAGGAACAACUUUAUGCCUUUAAGCAGGAAAAUCAGCUUCUAUUUGAGAAACUCAGUAAAUAUCAGAAUGACUUUGAGGAUAUGAAGUUGAAAACUGAAGAUCUGCAAAGACUGAAGAACUUGCUGAACUCUAAAGAGAAAGAAAAUGAAGAUCUUAUGGAAAACCUCCACAUGGUCCGUGAACAGGCAGAUAGAUGGGAAUCAAAGUUGCAUCAAAUGGAAAAAGAUUAUAACUCCAUCCAGAUGGAACUUCUCAGUGUAGAAUCUGAGAACCAUAGACUGAAAGAGCAAACAGAAUCUCAUGAAAUAGCAAUUGGACAACAUUUAGCAUCUGAAAAAGCCUGUAAGUCACAGAUUUCUACUUUAGGUAAGUCUCUGGUGAAAAUGGAGGAGAAACUUGAAAAAGUCCACCUGGAAAAGGUUUCUAUACUCUCAGAUUUGACUUCUGCUCGGGAACUGUGCAUUAAACUGGACACUAGCAAUGAGUUAUUAAGCCGGCAACUAAAGAACACAACAAAGGAAGUAGAAAGACUUCAGAAUGAAUGGGAAUCAUCUCACUCAGAAAUAGAACUUCUGAGAAAGCAACUCAACAAUGAAAGAAUCUCAAUUAAAAACUUGGAAACUUUGUUAGCAUCCAAUCGAGAAAAAGAGUAUCAGUCUCAGAUGAUAAGUCAAGAGAAGGAUUCUGAAAUACAUCUUCUUAAAGAACAACUUACUCUGGCUGAAAACAAAAUGUUCCUAAGUUCACCCCCUCCUCGAGAAGCUAUUGCUAGACCUCACUGUUCAGGGAUUGGUGCUUUUUCAUUUCUGAUUUAGCAUCUUCAUAAAGCCAUUGGGGAAGGUCAGCAGUUUUGGAUGAGGUGUUAUCAGUAUGCUGAUUAUACCCAGUGUUUACAUAUCCCCUUUACGUCAUCUGAAAGAUGUGGUGGAGUUAUGUUCCAGUUCUGGAGGCUGUGGGUGCCUGGACAGGAUGCAACAGGCUACAAAACAACCCUAGCAAGAUUAAAUGGCUUUGGGAUUUGGGGUUUUUGAGCCUGUUGCUUGGUUAUAUUGUAUUGGAUUGUGGCUUUGUGAUUUUUUUCCUGGGUUUUAUAUAUUUUUGUAUAUGUUCUUAUUUUUAAUAAUGUGAGCUGCUCAGAGUCAGGCCUCCAAGAUGGGUGACCAUAUAAAUCCACUAAAUAAAUAAAUUAUGAUCUUUUGCUUUCCUGAUAUCAGUUUUAUUUUUCUGGGCUAUCACUCUGUAAUCUUCCUUUGUGAUCUGGUUCUGUUUUCAUUUCUUGCAUGUAUAUUUUUUAUUUCAGUACUUUGCUAAGCUUUUUUUAGUCACAUUGACUUUUUUUUCUUUCUUACCUUUUAUCUCCUUGAAACUGCUUCACUAUGUUCUUUUAACAUUGCCUUGUUUCUAAUUGUAUUUUUAAUAUAGUCUUCCUUAAGAAGUCUUGAGCUUCUUUUCCCAUUAGCUUUUUUCACCAUUGCAUGUAUUUAUCCUUGUACUGAGUAGGCUGAAAUAAAAGGAGCUAAAAUCAAUGUCAAAAAUGAGACCAAUGUGGAGGAAAGGAUGUUUGGCAAUAGGCUGUGUUCACCAUAUAAAUGGGUCGGAGUCCUGAGGAGACAGUAGUUGUAAAAAAGAAAAUAAGAUUUUAACAGUCUCUUUAUAUGUAACUGUAAAAAAAAUAAAAUAAACAUGCUGCUGUGGCAAAAAUACUGUAUUACUUUCUUCUGGUCUUUGUAUGUAACCAAUAAGACUAACACUAUACUAAUUAGAAGGAAACAAUUUAAAGAAUAAUUCUAAUGGAAAUUCCAUUGAAAGCUGGAACUUUGGUCUACAUUUGAAAUAGUCACUGACAGAAUUCCAUCCAGUCCAAUUCUCUCUGAACUCAAAUGUCUAAUCUUCUAUAUUUUGUUUUAAAUAUUUUUAUUGAAUCAGUUACUCUUUGACCUUUAUGUGCUGUCCUUACUUCAUCAUCUAGGCACUUACUGUCCAAAAUUAGGGGAAAAAAUGAUUUGUGUCCCUUUUAAAAAUAAAAAGUUAAAAAUAUUCCUCUGAGAUUUUUAAGAGACACUAGCUGCUGGACUUAGGAAAGUUAUGUGCAUUAAGUACUCUUACUUAAAUAUUUUUUUUGAAAAAAAAUUAGGGAACGUGCAGUCCAAGAACUUCGUCGGCAGAGUCGUACAGCUUCAUACCAUUUAACUUCUACAAUAAGAUCAAUAUCACCUGAACGUUCCCGGCACUGGUCUCCUGAGAGGUCUCUGGAUAGAUCUUUG